GGGGUGGCUGCCUGCCCUCCCAGCCCCUGCCAAGCUCCACGUCUCCCCUAUAAAUCUGACACGAGAGGGGCCCUCCCUUCCCGCAGCGGAGGUGACAGGGGGCAGGUGGCUGAGGCUGGAGGCUGAACCCCGCUGACAGCCCGGGAUCCCGGCAGAGAGCACAGGGAUGAGAGUGGCCGUGGUGGGCGCGGGUGUCAGCGGGCUGGCAGCCACCAAGUGCUGCCUGGACGAGGGGCUGGAGCCCACCUGCUUCGAGCAGAGCCAGGACAUCGGGGGGCUCUGGCGCUACACGGAGCACAUCGAGGCCGGCCGGCCAAGCCUUUACCCGUCGGUCAUCAGCAACACCUCCAAGGAGAUGUCUGCCUUCUCCGACUUCCCCUUCCCAGAGCAUUUCCCCGUGUUCCUGCCCAACGCCCUGCUCCUGGACUACCUCCGGCGCUACGCUGAGCGCUUCAGCCUGCGGGAGCACAUCAAAUUUGGGACCACCGUUGUCAGCAUCCGUAAGCGCCCCGACUUUGCCACCACGGGCCAGUGGGACGUGGUCACGGAGGCGGGUGGGAAGCAGACGUCCGACGUCUUUGACGCCGUUAUGGUUUGCAGCGGCAAUUUCUGGGAGCCAUCCCUCCCCCUGCAGUGUUUUCCUGGCAUCGAGAGGUUUCGAGGGCAGUACUUCCACAGCCGGCAGUACAAGCAUCCUGAUGUGUUCCAGGGCAAGCGUGUCCUCGUGGUGGGCAUGGGCAACUCAGGAGUGGACAUCGCAGUGGAGGCCAGCCGUGUGGCUGCCAAGGUGAUCAUUAGCACCAGUCGAGGAGCCUGGCUGCUCAGCCGUGUGUUUGAGCACGGCUACCCGUGGGAUAUGAUUUUAAACACUCGCUUUAUGACCCUGAUCAAAACCAACCUCCCCGGACCCCUUUCGUGGUGGUUCAUUAAUUACAAGGUGAACCAGUGGUUCAACCAUGAAAACUAUGGACUUCAGCCAGAGAGGAGCUGGCUGGUGCGUGAGCCCGUGCUGAACGACGACCUCCCAAGCUACAUCCUGACAGGCAGGAUCACCAUCAAGCCGGGCGUGAAGGAGUUCAAGGACAACUCAGUCCUUUUCCACAACUGCCCCGAGGAGGAGCCCAUUGAUAUCGUUGUCUUCUGCACGGGCUACAACGUCUCCUUCCCCUUCCUGGAAGAAUCCGUGGUCAGGGUGGAAAACAAGCACGCAUCCCUCUACAAAUACGUGUUCCCAACCCACCUGCAGAAGCCCACCCUGGCUGUCCUUGGGCUGAUUAAGCCCCUCGGAUCCAUCACGCCCGUGGCAGAGAUGCAGGCACGCUGGGUGAGCCGUGUCUUCAAAGGCUUGUGUCAGUUGCCUUCCCAGUCCAUCAUGGAGAAGGAAGUAAAUGAGCAGAAGAAAAACAAAGUCCGAUGGUUUGGCCUGACCUUUGACAAAGUCCUCAAAACCGAGUGGCUGGUCUACCUGGACACGCUGGCCUCCUUCAUUGGUGCCAAGCCCAGCGUGCUGGGGCUGCUCUGCACAGACCCUUGGCUGGCCCUCACCAUCUUCUUUGGGCCCUGCUCCUCCUACCAGUUCCGACUGGGGGGUCCUGGGCGCUGGGAGGGGGCACGGCAGGCCAUCCUCACCCAGUGGGACCGCGUCCUAAAGCCCACAAGAACACGAGUCCCUGCUGGCUCCUCCAGCUCUUUCCCUUCUCUCCUGAUUGUGGUGGGAUUCCUUCUGCUCCUGGCUGCUGUGAUUUUUGGUUUCCAAUAGCAUUUAGAGCGUGUUUGUUUAUUGUUUGGGGGGUUUUUUUGGGUUGGUUUUUUUUUUGGCCUGAGGGAUGUUAGGUCAGACAGUGUGCCAGGGAACUGGGGAAAAGGAUUUCAGUAGAUGGCAACAAACUUUAAUCCGCAACCUGCAGCGUAAACCUCCCUCUGCUCCAGCUCAGCCCCAAGCACAGCUUUGCAGACCUCAUUAGCCAGGGGUGGCAGCCUUGCCCAAGUGUCUGUGGCCCCUCUGCUCCCCGGCCUGCUGCCAGGAGCAGAGCAGAGAUUGGUGGCAUAAUCGUGCCCGGAUCACACAAGACAGGAUGCAGCGAGGACAAGACCAGAAAAAGUGGCGGUGUGUCACAGGAGCAAAAGCGCCCAGGAAUUAUCUGGGCUGCCUACACAGGUCGGGCUGUCCCUUUCUCCAAACGCAAACACUGUGACCCCAAAAUCCCAGCUGGGAUUGAAUUGGUGCAUCUUUCCAGUGAAGGGGCGCUGGGUGGUUGUGGUGGUUUGUCACACGUGAGCCUGUGGGGCUGAGCACUCUGGGAUUGGCUUCCCUGCGCGCCCCACCACCGGAGAAUCCUGAGGCUUUGUUUUGUGCCUGG